CUGCUGCCGGCUCUGCAGCCGCUGCUGUCUCUACCACCUGCUGUCCUGGGCCCUCAGCCCAGGAUUUAGUCACCAUUUCUUCGUUACCCAGCGGGCCCAUGGUCCCUCCUGGAUCCAGGUUGGCGGGCCCGGCGGUUCCAGCGUGGUGAGAGUGAGGUCUGGGGACGAUGAAGGCCCUGCAGUGCUGCUGCUGUCUCCGCCGCCUCCUGGCCUCCUUCUUCCUCCUGCUGCUUCUGCCAGCGCUGAGCGGGCCGCUGGCGGUGUGGUUGCAGGCAGCCGAGGCCGCGCAGGGCCCCGGGCCUCCAGACCCUGGCCAGCGGACCUUGCCGCCGCUGUCCCGGGGCCCCACAGCUGCCCAGCCACCGGGCCAUGCUCUGGCUGAAGCCUCAGGACCUCGAGGCACCGAAGGCGGCAAUGGCAGCAGCCCCGGGGCGGGGCUUGCAGCAGAAGAAAACGGAGGAAAGGCCGGGGAAGGCUCAGUGGGUGGCGGCCUUGCCGUGAGCCCCAACCCUGGAGACAAGCCCAUGACCCAGCGGGCCCUGACCGUGUUAAUGGUGGUGAGCGGCGCGGUGCUGGUGUACUUCGUGGUCAGGACAGUCAGGAUGAGAAGAAGAAACCGAAAAACCAGGAGAUACGGAGUUUUGGACACUAACAUAGAAAACAUGGAAUUAACACCUCUAGAACAAGAUGAUGAGGAUGAUGAUAACACAUUGUUUGAUGCCAAUCAUCCUAGAAGAUAAGAAUGUGCCUUUUGAUAAGAAGAUUUAAUCCUUCUACAGUGAAAAGCAGAGUCUGUUUAAGGAAUAAGAAGCCACUAUAUCAAUGGGGUGAGGGGUAUUUAAGUUCAUACAUUAUGAUAACCUUUAUUUUGUUGUUGCUGCAAUAAAUACUGUAUCACUUUGUUAUGCCAUUGUAUGUACAGAAGUGCUCUAUUAAUGGGCUCAGUGUUGUUAGGGAUAAACUAUAUUGUAAUAGUUUAUCUGUUUGAAAAUUACUUUAAAACUCCAUGUUUCUGAAGAGUUUUUGUUUAUUGCUUACCAUAUUAUUGUAAAUUGGUUUUUUUUAUGUACUAAUCAGUUAAUGUUAAUUUUUUUUUUGCGGGUAUCAUUUUAUAGAGCCCUAACCCCCAACAAGCAACUGGUGUGUAAAAAUAAUUAAAAUUUUCCUUUACUGAAAUAUAUUUCCCAUUUUUGUGGGAAAAUGAAGCCAAAUUUAUUAUGUGUUUGGGUUUUUAAAAUAUUAAUAAAUGUCUGAGUUAUUGUAUGCAAAACAAUAAAUGUGAUGUAAAAUUCUUUUAAUCUGGUACAGAUAAUAUGUUCACAAAAUAAACCUGAAGAUCAUAGAA